CAGAGCACUAGUUGGGAUGGGAAGAGCCGGGAGAGACGAUCUCUAAUAAUAGCACUGCAGGGAAGUGAGAGCGUGCAGAGCAAAAAGUGGUACAUGCAGCAAAGCGAAUCAUGCCAGAGAAAGAGUGCGAUGGAGCGAGAGCGGCGAAAGUUGAAAGCACAUGCUCUCCAUUCCCACAUGCACGAUAGAAACGGCGGAGAGGAGAAGAAGACAAAUAGGAAGCACAGGGAGAACUACAUACUCAGUGCAGAGGAAUUACGGAUGGACAAUUACCUGGACAGUUAGAGUGCUGAUGUGACUCGAAAGUAUGAGUGUUUAUGUGACUCUUUUUUGAUGGCAACUUUGAACACGUGUUAAGUUUCGACGUGUGUUAAACAUGCCCUCCGUUCGGCCUUUAUCUGAUGAUGCAGAGGUGUGAGAGCCACGAACCUGAGGUCCAGCGGAGUCCCUCAUUGGACAGUGCAGAGUCAGAAUUCACCCGUGCGGCCCGACGGGGCCACCGCCUGGCUGUGGGGGCCUAUUACGGCUCCCGGGGCUCAAAUGUUAAAGAUCAACCAGCGCCGAGUGACAGAGCUGUGGUUGCGGUCCCUCCGGGAGGGAAACCUCAGGAUAAACGCGUGUCUGGCAGAGGGAAGUACGUUGUGUUUUACCUGGACUUGUCGUUUGUGUUGCUUUUAGAGUUUGAGAAGCUGAAGAUGGCUCGUGGAUGCCUGUGCUGUGUCAAAUACAUGAUGUUCCUCUUCAAUCUGCUGUUCUGGCUGUCGGGAUGUGGGUUGUUGGGUGUGGGCAUCUGGCUGUCCGUUUCGCAGGGCAGCUUUGCCACUUUCUCCCCCUCCUUCCCCUCCCUCUCAGCUGCCAAUCUGGUCAUUACCUUGGGCUCCGUCGUCAUGGUAACGGGCUUUCUGGGAUGCCUCGGUGCCAUUAAGGAGAACAAGUGCCUGUUGCUGAGUUUCUUCAUUGUUUUGCUGAUUAUUCUGCUAGCGGAGCUGAUUUUGCUCAUCCUUUUCUUCGUAUACACAGAGAAGGUGAGCGAAAACGCAAAGCAGGAUCUUAAAGACGGCCUGCGGCUCUACAACACCGACAACAACGUGGGUCUCCGCAAUGCCUGGAACAUCAUUCAGUCUGAGUGGCAGUGUUGUGGUGUAACUGGGCUCUCAGACUGGCAUGAGGCGCUGCAGGAGAAGUCUGUGCCGGAUAGAUGCUGCCAGGAGCACUAUACAGAGUGCGGGCGCAACACCACUAAUGUCUUCUGGUCACAGGGCUGCUACGAGAAGGUGGAGGAAUGGCUGAAUGACAACAAACAUUUGCUAGGAACCAUCGCCAUGUGUGUGCUGGUCUUGCAGCUGCUCGGGAUGGCAUUUUCCAUGACCUUAUACCAACAAAUCCACAGAGCCGGAAAGAAGUAUGAUGCCUAAAGGAAACCCAGUAUUACACUACAACAACAACAAAAACUCUUUAAACACCCAAUAUAUUAUAGCAAACCCGUUUCAUCCCAUCACAAACCAUUAUCAGGGAAAUUGAAGGUUUUUUUGAGUCUAUCAGAUAUAAUUAUGUAGAACAGACUGUAGAUAUUAUUUUGCUCUGCUGCUGCUGAGUGGCUCUUUUUUUUUUCUUUUUUUUUUUGGCCUGAGGUCUAACAGCAAAUGUAAGAUGAAAACCAAUGAAGGGAAUUCAUUGUGAGAAGCAAUUAUGGGUGUUUUGUGGCUUUGGAAAUAGUCUAUUAGUUGUAUGAACUGUACAAAAAAAAAACACCCAUGUCAAAUAAGAUGGGACUUUGGAGAUUGCAACGCACGUACAACAAUGCAUUCACAUUCAUCUUUCUCAGACACUUGUGUACAUGUAGACUCAAUUCCAUUUGCUGAUGUAAUAUAUCAAUCGCAUGCUGUAUAUAUUUCACAUUCACAUUAGUGUACUGUACAGGCGCACAUAAACUAUUAUUUAGCUGACGACUUAAGUGUUAUAGGGAGAGUGGGGUAAAAUGUGUCACCUCAUCUACCAAAAGCUGCAUCAUUUUUGGUUCAUUAUUAGAUUUUCAGAUAUUCAGAAAGGCAUUUACAUUCCAGAUAUUAUGGAAAUAGAAGCUAAAAUGUUAAUUACCUAAAACACAGUCAUUUGCUUAAUAUCCUUAUUAAUAUUUCACAUUUGAAAUAAGUUGCACGUACAUUAAUGCUUACCCAGAUCAUUUACAACCAUUACAUAAAAUCAAAUUCAAAUGUGUAAGAGCUAUUCUAAAUUUAUUGUGUUGAAAUAUUUGAAGUGUUUGAAGAUAAAAUUAGCUAAAUUAACUAAAUAUCACAUAAAUUCAGUUCAGUUAUUUGACAAAAUAUUCAGAAAAAUUGUUCAUAUUUGAAAACUUCCUAAAUAAAGUUCAAUACAUGUGUAUAUAUAUUGCUUUUGAAUAUUACAUUUUGCAUAAAUUACUUUUUUUAGUAUUGCAUCUUUUUUUUAGCUUAAAUAUUAAUUUAAUUGUAAAAAUUUACAAUACUAUGCGAUUACUACAGUAUUGUUUCACUAAAAUUGGUCUUAAAAUACUCUGAUCCUAAAUUCUGAAACAAAAUGACUUAAAUUAUACGAUUAAAUUUUAGAUUCAAAUAUUCUGAAUUUAUCAUAUAGAAAAUUAAAUAAAAUAAAACAAUUAUUUAAGUGAAGUUUAUUUACAAACUAAUUUCGAGAGGAGCACUUGCUUAUGAUUGACCACGGCUGGUUUUACAUUAGCUAAUACAUGAUUUACCGAUCAAAAGCUUCCUAAGUCACUAUAAAUAACCAGACAUUCAUACCUCGAUUCAUACCUCGAUCUUCGUUUUUGAAGAAUCCCUCCUCCCUUUUCCUAGAUUGGGCGGACCGGCAGCCCAGUGGUUAGCACUGUUGCCUCACAGCAAGAAUGUCACUGGUUCAAGUCCUUAUCAGGCCAGUCGACGUUUCUGUGUGGAGUUUACAUGUUCUCCCCAUGCUCACAUGGGUUUCCCCCAGGUUGCCUGGUUUCCUUCCACCAUCCAAAAACAUGCGGCAUAAGUGAAUCGACUAAACCAAAUUGGCACCAUAGAUGUGCUCCUAGUCAUCAGAAUAUCUCUUCAUAGCAAUUCCUAAUUUGUUUUUAGCUAUAAACAGCAGGGGAGCUCUACCUGAGCUCAAACCUCUCACUCGCACUGCAAAUGGAAGGGAGCCCCGGGCUCAAGGAUCAUAUGAGUUCAGCGCUCUCUCCCAGGACUGCAUGCCAAACACGUUUCAUAAUCAGUCUUCAGCUAAGUGUGAACUCUUGAAAUCAUCUUAAUGGUACAUAAAACCUGUUACAUCAUGCAGAUUUUACUUAAAAAUGUAUGUUUAACUAGGUACUUGUAAUCUAAUAUUUUACGUGAACUAAACACAACUAAAUUAUUUCAAACAUUUCUCAUAUUUAGGAAAAAGUGUCACAUAAAUAAAGAUUCACCCAAAUCAUUCCCAACAAAUUACAGAAAAACCACAUCAAUUAUUUGAUUACAUUUUGGUUGAAAUAUCCGAAAUAUUUGUAUGUAACACAUUUCUACAUUUCCAAUUUAAAAAGUACCCAAAAUCAUUUCCAAACCAUACAUAAAACUGCAUAAAUGAUUUCAAAACAUUUCAGUUUGAAGUGUCUUUAUUGCUUUUGACACAUUUCUGCAUUUUCCACUUGAUUACAUUUCGAUUUGAAAUACUUGAAAUAUUUUUACUCAACACAUUUAUGCAUAUCCUAUUUGACCGCGUAAAUCUGUUUUACAUUUUUUAAAAGUGUCCCAACUUACCCCACUCUCCUCCUUCUCCUCCAUUCAGUCAGAGUAUGAAUGUGUUUAAUUGCUGGAAGUAUGUAGCUUGUAUAUGAGAGAGAGAGUCUGGGCCAGUCAUCUGCUCGCUCUGGGGCUUUGUGUCCUGGUGACUCUCCUCUCUGUCUCCGUCUACUCUCUUUGUUUUCUCCCUCACUGAUCUUUUCAAAGUGCAUCUGUACAGCCGGGAGGCAAACGCACCGUCCUGCUCCUCCUACCGUCAGCAAAGAGAAGCAGACGAGAUCAAAGGAUGCAGGAUAUAGAGGUUAGGAAACGGAGGGGGAGAAAGACCUAAUAACGGCCUCACUUCAAAACAAACGGCAUCGUGCAACGGCACCUGAAAGAGUGCAAUGAGAGUCAACUUAUAAGCCAUAACCUCGGCCAGCCGUCAUUCUGCUAAAGUACAUUCCUACUCCUUCAUAUUCAGCGCUAGAGGUAUAUAUUUUGAUCCACAGAUUAAAGAGGAUAAUUUAUUACCAAGUGACAUCUCCGCAUUACUGUUUAACCAACAUCCUCUUUUAAAUAAAAAGACAUAUUCAAUGUUUGAAAAA